GGUGGUAUAGAGCAGGUUUUUAAAGGGAGAGGGCUGCCUCUUUUGUUCUUCAUUGGAGAUUGUAAAACAGAUGAACCUCUCUCAGAGUGGGAUAGUCCCAAAUAGAAAAAAGAACGGAUAAUGUUAUUGGGUAAGUACCAUAUUACCCUCCUCUCCUCCCCAGUCCCACUUAGAUUUUCUCUUUUGAAGAUCCCUGGGAUGAGGGAGACCUGAGAUUUGAGCCUCCGAACUCCAUGGUGCACUCAUUCUCCAGCAGUUCUGAAUCAAACCUGAGUCUCUCUGUGGGCUAUUUCCCCUGUGAGGACACCCUCUCCUGCGAAGACUCAUCUUCUGAAGGUUCUUCAGUCCACUUUGUCCCUCCUAUCCAAGGGUCAUGGUGGACUGAAAAUACAGGGAGGCGCCUGGCGAGACGAGACCAAAUACAGGAUGGCCCAGAGCAGUUCUGCAAACUCAGCAUCACCCUGGCCUGGGAUGUUGACGUGGCCUCUAACAAUUCAGACUCGACCGCUAACUGUGACCUAAGUGGAGACAACAAAGACAAGCACCCCAAAGAGAAGACACAGAUGACUCUCAGCAAACUGGAUGGUCUUGUGCAAAAGCUUGAGAAAUUUCUAGAGAACCAGAAAGAUGACAAUGAUGACGACUCUGUGUUCCCUGAAUCUGCUCAGGAGGAAGACUCUCAGCUGCCUAGCAGCUCCCUUCCAGGUAUGGCUCAGACAAUAAGCGAGGCAACUGGCAGCCAAGGGACAGAUAUUGCAGAGAUCUCCUCAGUCUUAUCAGGUCCACCAGAGAAGGAGGACACUCACUCCAGCACAGCCCUCUCGUGUCUGAAGUUCGGGUGGGUCUUCCGCUGGCUAAGGCCCCAAGUCCGCUCCUCACUUUUGGGGAGAGAGGACCCCAAGGAGGCCACUGAGCACCCCUGUGAACUGGUACAAAAGAAAAGAUUCUCUCGCAGAAGCAAGAGAAUCCAACCUCAAGAAUCCUUCGAAUUAGGAUACCCCAUACCACCAGAUUUUUAAACUUUUUGAUAGUCCCUAUUCUA